CCAAUCACUGCAAGCCUGCAUCUACACUGGCUGUGCUUAACCGAAAGCUUUGCUUCGCCAUAACCACUCGCGAUUCCCCCUCUCUCUUUCUCGAUGGCCACAGAACUCUCGCAAUCGACCCUCAAGGACAAGUCUCAGCUCCUUACUCCUCUCAACACUCAAAAUCUCCUCGAUUCCGUUGACGCUUUUCUCUUCGACUGCGAUGGUGUGAUAUGGAAAGGAGAUUCUCUGAUUGACGGUGUUUCGGAUACUCUGGAUUUUCUUCGAUCCAUGGGGAAAAAGCUUGUUUUUGUGACGAAUAAUUCGACUAAGUCUAGAAGGCAAUAUGCUAAGAAGUUCCAUUCUGUGGGAAUUUCUGUGUCUGAGGACGAGAUAUUCAGUUCUUCAUUUGCUGCAGCAAUGUACUUGAAAGUGAACAAGUUUCCUAAAGAAAAGAAGGUGUAUGUGAUUGGUGAAGAAGGCAUCCUGGAGGAACUGGAGCUUGCUGGUUUUACCCCUCUUGGUGGUCCUGAAGAUGGGAAGAAAACUGCCCAUAUGAAACGUAACAGCUUCUUUGAACAUGAUGAGAAUGUCGGAGCUGUGGUGGUUGGACUAGACCAGUACAUAAACUUCUACAAGCUACAGUAUGGCACUCUUUGUAUACGUGAGAAUCCCGGAUGCCUAUUUAUUGCCACAAACCGUGAUGCUGUAGGAAAUCUCACCGAUCUACAAGAAUGGCCCGGCGCAGGAUGCAUGGUUGGUGCAAUAUGUGGUACAACACAGAAAGAUCCAAUUGUAGUUGGGAAACCCUCUACCUUUCUGAUGGACUUCUUACUAGAAAAAUUCAACAUCCCUACUUCUAAGAUGUGUAUGGUUGGGGAUAGAUUAGACACUGAUAUUUUGUUUGGACAAAAUUCUGGCUGUAGAACACUUCUUGUAUUUUCGGGUGUGACAAAAGAAUCCGAUCUCCAAGAUCCAUCAAACCAGAUUCAUCCAGAGUAUAUGACAACCAUACUGUCGGACAUCCUACAUUUAGCCAGUAAUAUAUUCUAAAUCUUCUUUUUGGGAAAUGAUUUUCGUAGAGAAUUUCUACGUACGUAAUGCCCUUAACUUUUUAAUCAGACCGAACCGGUUUUAUAUUAACCGGUUUUAUUAUUAUUUAUAAUGUUUAUUUACUGAAUUAUCCUUUAUUUUAAUUAAA